AUGCAGGACUACACCUUGGAGCAGGUGCUCGCAGCCGCGGCGCCCGGCGCUCCGCCUUCCCCGCCGACAUCCCUGCGGAUGAAGGUUCCGAUGGCAAUCAAGUUCGACGACGUGUCCAAGUCGUUCUUCAUUCUCGGCUACUUCGCGAACUCCGUGUGCAAGUUCCCGGAAGGGAAGUCGAUCUUUCUUCCCACGAACCGCGCGUGGAGCGACGCGUUUGAGGGGUACAAGAAGAGCCGAAGCAGCGGUGCGCUUUACGAGGCGCUCGACACGGUCGCGAGCGAUUGGAUUAAGAAGGCGGUGGUUUUCGCGGGAAGGAAGACGAACAGCAAGGAGCUGUCGGCGCUGGCUGACAAGGCCAAGUCGUGCAAAACGCUCACGUCGCAUCCCAUGAGCGAGGCCGCGAGGACCGCGCUCUUCAACCUCAUGUCGUUCCACACGGCGGUUUCUAGGGUUACGAUCUUGGACCAGGAUAGCAAGUGCAAUAACGCUGGAACGACUUUCCAGACCGCGUUCAGCAACAACAAAAUGAACUUCAAGUGUAACAGCACCAGCAGUGGGCUCGUUUCUGGCUCGGACCCCCUCGCAUCUGGCGCGGCUGCUGGUACUUCGUCUGCUGUGGCAAUUAUCGACGAGCCGCAGAAGGAUUAUUUCUAUGUCAGCACGGUUGUGUUCCCCAGCAACAUCGCCUCCCUGCCUGGCGGCGUUGUCACGGUCUCGCGUCUCUUCUCUGCGCUGCUGGUCCUGGGCGCGGCUCUUGCCUGCGCCCUCUAG